AAACCGCUUUUUACUCAGAUUUGAUCCCGCUGACCUGCUCAGCCAUGUCUUCACCGGUGGAAAUGACCGAGCUGUAUGAUAACGCGCUGUUAGGGAUCCUGCAGCAUGUUGGAAACAUUCAGAAUUUCCUGCAGGUUUAUUUCGGGUUCCUCUACAGAAAGACGGACUUCUACCGCCUCCUCAGCGGCCCACAGGACCGCAUGGGCUUCCCGCCCGGAGUGGCUGAACAAAUGGUGUUCAAGACGUUUAAGUUAUUUGAGAAUCUUGCAGCAGAGGACAGAGAGAGAACAGCAAGGCUGGCAGAGGAGAAGAAAGCCACUCCUCCUGCAGUACAGGAGCUGGAGGUUCGAUCAGAACAGGAGGCUGAAGCUCCUGUGGAGGAGAAGAGGAGCACAGAAGAGCCCACAGCUGUCCUCGCUCCAUCAGCACAGAGCACAGAGACACACGGAGAGACUCUGAGCAGCACCGCUGAACCAGCAGGAGCCGCAGCGCCAUCAAACUCUGAUUCUAACAAAGCCAACAUCGGACAAGACUGCUUUCAGUCGAACGCAGACAGUUACAAUGGUGCUGUUAGAGAAAAAUACACCUGGUCGCAGGAUUACACGGAUGUGGAAGUUCGAGUGCAUGUGCAGCCUAAUAUCGUUAAAGGCCGACAGGUGUCUGUGGAUCUGCAGUCGGGGAGGGUCCGCGUGGCCUUGAACGAGGAAGGAUCGCAGAGAGUCCUGAUGGAGGGAGAAUUCACACACAAAAUUAACACAGAAAAUUCCCUGUGGAGUCUGGAGCCUGGCCGCUGCGUUCUGCUGUCUCUCAGUAAAAUCGGGGAGGUUUGGUGGAGCGCCGUGUUGAAGGGCGAGACUGAGAUCGAUGUGAACCAGAUCAACCGGGAACGCUCUAUGGCAACUGUAGAUGAAGAGGAGCAUGCUGUUCUGGACCGUCUGUCAUUUGAUUACCACCAGAAACUCCAGGGGAAACCACAGAGCCAUGAGAUCAAAGUCCAUGAGAUGCUGAAGACGGGCUGGAAUGCUGAAGGAUCUCCAUUUAAAGGCCAAGAGUUUGACCCCUCCAUGUUCAACAUCCCACCCAGCGCUGUCCAGUUUUGAGGUCACAUGUCCGUGCCAGAUGUAGAGUCAGCACUGUUACACACACACACACACACACACACACACAUUGAAGUACAGUAAUGGUGUCGGUUUCUUGCGGUUCUACAAAAUGAACAUCAACAGUGUUUGCUCUGCACAUCUCAUGCCAAUAUAACUGAUUCGCUGAC